AUAUAACAUCGAUAUAGUUUGUCUAAUUAAUUGAUUAAAUAAGAUAUAUAUUCAAAGAGGUUCGUGAUAUAUUCUAUUAAGCAAAAUUGUUUGCAAAUAGAUAAACUUCUAACCAAGAUCGAUGAUAUUCGCGACAACCUGUCUUUAUCACUUUGCUCAAUUUUUAUCAAUUUGUUUGCCCAUUCCCGCGAAUAAAUGCUCCGAAUACACACAAAACUUACAUCUUACACCAUAUCACGUGCAAAUAAUCACCAAUCGUAAACGACUGCGUUGUUAUCAAAUCUUGUUUUUAAACGAAAUCUUCCACAAAUUCGUGUCACAGUCACUUACGUUUCUGUACGUUUCCUUUCCAUUUUGUUUCACUAUUGCGCGCCUGUUUCGCUUUCUUAGGCAAUAAUUGGAACAAACUAAGAACUUUUUUUAAUUUCUAAUAGAUUCCACUACAAUGGAUAUUCAAAAACUAACUAGUGCUACAGUGAAUUUCGACGAAUCUAUGAUUGAUGAGAAAAUUCAUUCUGUACAUAAUAAAGUUAAAUCACUGAAAACUGAUGCAAAAACUAGUUGGUUAAUGAAGGCAAUAAGCUAUAUAGAUCUAACUACUUUAGGAGGGGAUGAUACACCUAUGAAAGUCAAGGCUGUUUGUAAAAAGGCUGUCAAUCCGCUCGAGUUAUUGUCUAUGCCUAAAGAGCAUGUGCACACAGCAGCUCUAUGUGUUUAUCCAUUGAGACUUGCAGAUGCAGCAACUGCACUAGCUGAACUAGAUAAAGAACAUAAAGUUUCUUUAGCUACUGUAGGUGGAGGAUUUCCAUCUGGCCAAUACCCAUUAGAAACUCGUCUUCGGGAAGUAGAAAUAGGUAUUGAAAAUGGUGCUAAGGAGAUGGAUAUUGUUAUCAAUAGAACAAUGGCUCUAAUGCAUCAGUGGAACGAAUUGUACGAAGAACUGAAACAGUUUCGUACAGUUUGUGGCAACAAAGUUUGUUUGAAAGUCAUUCUUGCCACAGGAGAAUUGGUUAGCUUGGAAAAUAUAUAUACAGCAUCUAUGGUAGCAAUGAUGGCUGGAGCUGAUUUUAUUAAAACUUCUACCGGAAAGGAAUCCGUAAAUGCCACUCUACCUGCUGGAAUAGUUAUGUGUAAAGCAAUCAAAGAUUAUUAUGAGUUAAAACAGAAAAAGGUUGGUUUCAAACCUGCUGGAGGCAUUAAGACUGCGGAAGAGGCUUUGGAAUGGAUAAUGUUGGUGCAAAUGGAGUUGGGAGAUGAAUGGUUAACUAAAGAUUUGUUUAGAAUAGGUGCAUCUAGCUUAUUGGACGAUAUUGUUAAAACGUUAACGAAAUAAUGCUAAUACACAUAUGCAACGUUUUUUACUUUUUUAUAUAAACAUAUGUAUAUAACCUUCUUGAAUUUACACUGGAAAUGUAUACUAUUUUUAUAUAUAUUUUAAUAAAAAAUGUUAUGUAUCGUAG